AUGAAUUAUCCAUUUCGUCAUGUUUUAUUAGAUUGGUCAGUAAGAGUUGAUGAUCUUAUCUCUUGUCUAACAUUCGAUGAGAUUAUUAAUCAAUUAGCCUGUGAUGGAUGUUGGGAUCACACCGUCCACUGUACAACUGGAUAUCAAACUGUACUCUUGGGCAAAACAGAAUAUCUUCGAGGUCAAGUUAAUGAAAAUUCAACAGGAUUUCUACAAGUCAUUAAUCUUGCAACAACAUGA